AUGAGAGAAAAAAGAACUAUAAUAAAUGCGUUGAAAAACUCUGCAGCGUCCCAUUUUAUCAAGAAGUUAACCCCGGACACUUCCCUGUCGUCUAUACCAGAGGCAAUCAAUGUCGUACAGCAGCACAAUGCAGCGGAUCCCGUGAGAUUGAAACUUUUCCAUACACCUCGGAUGGUUUCGCAGGGAGCUCAUUUUGCAUUUUGUCUGCCUACGAAGAAACCACAUUAUAAGCCAUUACUACUUUCACAAAACGCGCUUGACGAGUUUGGUUUGGUGCAGGAUCGGGACUUAGAGAAAAUACUAUCUGGCGAGAAAAUAUAUUAUUCUGAUGAUAUCUUCCCCUAUAGUACAGUGUACUCUGGAUUCCAAUUCGGCUCAUUUGCAGCACAGUUGGGGGACGGACGCGUAGUCAACUUGUUUGAUCUUAAGGACAAUUGUAAUGGACAAUGGCAAACGUUUCAGCUGAAAGGGGCCGGUAUGACGCCCUUCUCUCGGUUUGCAGAUGGAAAAGCUGUGUUGAGAUCAAGUAUACGUGAGUUUAUAAUGAGCGAGGCCUUGAACAGCAUUGGAAUCCCCUCCACAAGAGCCGUGCAACUAACCCUGUUACCGGGGUCGAAGGCGCAAAGGCGCACACAAGAACCGUGCGCUGUUGUGUGCCGUUUUGCACCCAGUUGGAUCCGAUUAGGCAACUUCAACUUAUUCAGAUGGCGACACGAUUUAGAAGGGUUGAUCAAACUAUCCGAUUAUUGCAUUGAGGAAUUGUUUGACGAGGGAGCGCAAUUUGAAGGGAAGCCCGACUUUAAUAUAUUCAAAAGAGAUUUUUUCCCUGAUAAUGAGACAAAAAUUGGUGAGCAGGUGGAAAGGGAUGAAUGUGAUGGGAGUUCCAUGACCGAAAAGGACAUUACUACGUUGAGCAAAUAUGACAAGUUUUUCAGACAUGUAGUUAGUUUGAAUGCAAAUACAGUGGCCCACUGGCAAGCAUAUGGCUUUGCAAACGGUGUCUUGAAUACAGAUAACACUUCAAUUAUGGGGUUGACCAUUGAUUAUGGCCCGUUUGCCUUUCUGGACAAGUUUGAACCAAGUUUCACCCCAAACCAUGAUGACGCAGCGAAAAGGUAUUCGUUUGCCAACCAGCCAAGCAUCAUAUGGUGGAACUUGCAACAGUUUGCCAAGGAUCUCGCAUGUCUACUGGGACCUAAGGCCCGCGACCUUGAAUUACUACUCAAGGGCGAGCUGGAUUCCGUUGACGAUGCCCUGGAGAAGACCAUGAUUGAAAGGGUGCAGAAGUUGGUAGAACUCAGUGCUAAUGAAUACAAAUAUGUGUUUACCACGAGGUACGCGCAGAUAAUGUCUAAAAGACUCGGUGUAGAUUUGGAUCUGGAAACGUGCAUGAAUUCCACAAGCGCUGAAGAUAUCGAGCAUGCAGCAGAGAAAUCCAAAGAAUUUUGUGCUGUUAUCGUCGAACCAUUGCUCGAUAUUUUGCAGGCUACCAAAAUUGACUAUAACAAUUUCUUUAUUCAUCUACAAAACUACACGGGGCCCUUCUUCAUCAAGGACAAAACUGACCCCGGAACACUUUUUGGAGCAUUCGACGAAAAGUACUUGAAAAUGUUCUUCAACGCAGAACAACUGCAGCAAAUGGCAGAAAAUGAAAAGGCCUUCGCAGCUGGUGAGAACGUAUUUGAUGCUAACGGUGAAUUGCGUCUGCUCAGUGAAAAAUUGCUAGAAAUACGCAAUUGGACGCAAGACUACUUGACUUUGGUUCCACCCACGGAGACUACGGCAAGAGCGUCAAUCGCCAAGAAAGCCAACCCAUUGUUUGUACCCAGAAGUUGGGUACUGGAGGAAGUAGUGGACGACUUAAUGUAUAACCAAAGGGAAAGACUACAGGAUCCCAGUUCGAACCUAGAUACAUCUGCCUUGAAGAAGCUAUACCUAAUGAGCGUAAACCCGUACGAUCGCACGAAGUGGGACGCCACUUCGAGGCCAGAACUGGAAACAAAAUGGGCGGAUCUUUCACACCAAGAGGGCACUAAGUUUAUGAAGCAAGCUUCCUGCAGCAGCUAG